ACGGGCUAACAUUCCUCCAAGUCAUACCUCUCUCCAUCCCUAAAAAGCCCUAGUUUUAUUGGCCCAAAAUUAACACCAUCACUAAUUUAUACCAUCAGACUGAGCUCGUGAUCGGUUAACGCCUUAACUUCGCCUGCUCGUCGUCGUCAGCGUUAAACCUCGUUAUCUCGAUUGACGCCAUUGUAGAAUACUCAAGCUUAAACAAAAAGCGACAGGAAAAAAAUCGAGGAUAACGAAGCAUUGAAUACUCAACAAUGUCAAUUUACAAGCUCUCCAGAAGAAUACAAAACUUGCCGCAUGUAUUCAAGCAUAAUACACAGAUUCCUAAUUCUCAAUUUCAGCGAAUAUUCCAAGCAAUAGAACCAAGUAGUAAUGAAAUUAGACGAAGAUAUAGCUAUAGUUCAUGGCCGAUUACCAGGUGUUGUCAAUUUUCUGCUAGUAAUGUUCAUAAUUUUCAAAAAUAUCGUGCCGGAGUAUUUGAGUCAAGACGACUAUAUUCAUCAACUGCUGUUGUUCAAGAGAAGAAAUCGCGAAAAAUGUUGAUAUACUUGACUGCAUUGGUGUUUGGGAUGGUAGGAUGUUCAUAUGCUGCUGUUCCGUUGUACCGGAGAUUUUGUCAAGCUACUGGUUAUGGCGGUACAGUUCAGCGCCGUGAGACCGUAGAAGAUAAGAUUGCUCGGCAUUCUAAAGAUGGUACUGUCACCACAAGGGAGAUUGUGGUUCAAUUUAAUGCUGAUGUUGCCGAUGGGAUGCCGUGGAAAUUUACACCCACCCAAAGAGAGGUGAGGGUUAAACCAGGAGAAAGUGCUUUGGCAUUUUACACAGCCGAAAAUAGGAGUUCAACUCCUAUUGUUGGUGUAUCCACAUAUAAUGUUACGCCCAUGAAGGCUGCGGUGUACUUCAACAAAAUCCAGUGUUUUUGCUUUGAGGAACAGCGACUUCUCCCUGGAGAGCAGGUUGACAUGCCUGUUUUCUUUUAUAUCGACCCCGAGUUUGAGACAGAUCCUAGAAUGGAUGGCAUCAAUAAUAUGAUCCUAUCCUAUACAUUUUUUAAGGUCUCUGAGGAUUAAAUUGUGAAGUGGACUUUGCUUAACUGCAAACUUGCAAGUGAACACCAACGACGAAGUGAAGAAAAAUUGUCGCUGUCCAUGUCAUCUGCAAGCUCAGCACAAUGUAUGUUUUUGUUGGCCAUUGCAAGAAUCCUCCUAUUAUUUGUCCCCCUGUCUGCUUGGAGUUAAGUAUGACUGGUGAAGCCGGUAAGCUAUCAUGAAUGGCUUUUGUUGGUUGAUUAUACUUCUAUAAUAAGUUAUUAUUUUUGCUAUUGUUUGAAACACUCAUACUAUCACUUCAUCAGAUUCUUACUGAUAUAGAAAAACUUCCCUGUAAUACCUUAGGAGUCCAGGGUACAAAAGCUUACAUAACUCUCCCAUGUACCUAAAUAUAGGUCUACUCAAGGUACAGUUCAUGUUUUAGAAGGUGGAUUCAACGACUUUAUGCUCUAGAAUAUACAAUGAGAUAUGCUUUUAA